UAGCAUAGAAACAGAAUAUGAGCGAAUUAUGUGCGAAACGAUGUCAGGAAAGGCUUUACCAAACCGAGCAAACGCCCUUGCUGGAGCCGAAAGGAUGAAAUGCCUGGUAUCAAAGAAAAACGAGGGUGUUAUCAGCCUACCAGCAGAUUACGGGAGUGCCGAGGUUCCUAACCUGGACGGAGUUCAGAGACAUAUCGAAAAGGUGAAGGGAUCGAAAAGGUCGGCUAAGAGUCGAAGUAGAGGUGCCACCGGUGAUAGUAACAGUGCCCGUAAUAGCCCUCCUACGAUGUCAACCUUAUCUUCGACCUUAGACCACUCCACGAUCGGCGGUCAACUUUUUCUGUCGUCAAUUUCACCAUGCAAAGCGUUAUUCGAAAUGUUUCGAGCAUUCCCCGUUUCAACUCCUAGGGCAUUUGCAAGCACCAGCAAAUAUUUCUAUGCUGCUGCGAAGAAGACUACCAAAAAGACUUCUUCGACCAGCAGAAGUUCAGCUGCCCGUAAGACCACAACCCGCUCGUCUGCAGCCAAAAAGAAACCGACGACUCGAAAGGCUGCCCCAAAGAAGAAGGUAGUCGCGAAGAAGAAGAAGGUUACUGUUAAGAAACACGCAAAACCCGCGAAAAAGGUCGUGACUAAGAGAGCUACCCCACGCACCGACGCUUCCUUACGAGCGCCUCCUCGUAGUGUAAAUGCCUUUAGUUUAUUCGUCAAGAGAAUAUUCCCGACUCUUAGCCCCAAACCUGCGAACGCUCCAGCUGGCAUGCCUAUAAUCAGGAAUAUGUGGGAAAAUUUGACUCAAACCGAGAAGAAGGCAUUCGAGUCUGAAGCUGAAGUCUUGAACGCCGAACGCCGUGCAACUUAUGAUAAAUGGCGUGCUAGUCUCACCGCAGGAGAUGUACGUAUCAUCAACGAAUAUCGAUCCAAAGGGAAACACUCCAAACUAGGACCUCGUCCAAGCAGUGCCAGGGCCAAGCGUCCAUUGUCUGCAUACAUGAAGUUCUAUCAAGAAUGCCUCAACAACGGCAAGAUCGAUCCUGCCAAGACACCAGAGAACAUACGAUUUGUUGUCUAUGCCUCCAAAGAAGCCGGUAGACUCUGGAAGGCCAUGACUCCCGCUGAGAAGAAG